AUGUCAGCUCCCGCUACUCAGGGUACAGUUCUACGUGACUCUAAAUCCGAUCACAGAGACAAGCCGGCCGAACCUUAUGAGUCUUCUAAUACCGACGAUUUGGUAGUGAAGCCGCCCAUGCAAGACCUGUAUGUGGAACUGACCAAUAUAUGUCCCAGCCCCGAGCCCCCAGAUAUUACCCGUACAGAUCUGGUGAAGGGGCCAACGGAUGGAACAAAUAUUGCUGCGAUUGCAUCAAGCUGUACACUGGGCCAAAGCCAACAAAAACGUUGUGCUUCAGAGCUCACCAGCUCUGCCGAAGGAGGUAUUUCUGGAGGUGCUAACGGGAUUUGCGCCAAACGCUCUAGAACAACCGGAGAAUCGAGCUAUGAUGGGGCACCAAUCCUAGCAACAGAGGACAGUACAGAAACGAGCCACCACCAUCACUCGACAAAAGCAGGCAUUUUGCCAGAGGUGCCAGACGAGGAAAAUGAGCGUCGGUCGGCCCAAGCUGAAGCCCAGGAAACGUUUAACGAUGAUAAAGUUGCAGAGAAAAACAGCUCGGCUUCCCUGCAUGCUUCGGAACUCUAUAACUCUUCCUGGAUCCUUGCUCCCAUGGUGCGGAUAAGCACCUUGCCUUUCCGGCUGGAAUGCCUGAAGUAUGGCGCAGAUGUCGUCUACACUGAAGAGAUUGUGGACAGAAAGCUACUUGAUACAAAGAGGUACAUCAACAAAGACUUUGGCACCAUUGAAUACAUCAGCAAGAGCGACAGACGCUGUAUUUUCUCUACCUGCGAACUCGAGAAGGGCAAAGUUGUCCUACAACUUGGAACGGCUGACGCCACACGCGCUCUGCAGGCUGCAACAGUUGCCAUACAGGAUAUUGCAGCAGUGGAUAUUAAUAUGGGCUGUCCUAAGAGCUUUUCGGUAAAAGGCGGCAUGGGAGCGGCCUUGCUUCAGACGCCAGAGCUGUCGAUGGAUAUCCUGAAGACCCUCGUUCGAAAUGUUCACUGUCCAGUCACGUGCAAAAUUCGUCUUCUUGAAACAAUGGAAGAGACUGUGGAUUUCGCGCGGAAGUGCGAAAGCACAGGAAUAGCAGCCAUUGCGGUUCAUGCGAGGUUGCUGCAAAGUGCUCUUAAAAUCCCACUAAUCGCCAACGGUGACUUUCUUUCAGCUGAAGAUGCGACUCGCUUUCAAGAUUCGUACCACAUUGGAAAUUUGAUGUUCGCUAGAGGAGCUAUGUGGAAUCCAUCACUAUUUGCUCAGAAGGUGGUGACUACGGAGGGCACAGCUGCGUGCUCUUUUGAGCGUACUGCUGUUCUCCAGGAUUACAUAAAGCGUGCAGUACUCUGCGGGUCGCCGUAUCAGUCGAUUAAGUUCACGCUUCAAGAAAUGACUGCCCGGGAUAGUGAUAAGAAGCUCAAGCUGGACUUGGUCGCGGCGAAUUCAACUGCAAAGCUUUGUGAUGUUUUCGGAUUAGACGACUUCUACAAAAGCAUCAAGCAUGUCCCCUACGCCAAUACACUCAAUUACUACAAGCACAUUGAUAUUGGAUAA